UUGCCUUCAUAAGUGUGCGCUCGCGCUCGCGCGCUCAGUGUUAAAGAUGCUGCCGCUGGGUUCAGACGCGGAUCCGCUGCUCGGCUGUCCUGUGAUUUGGAGACCCUGGGAUCUUUCAACAGCACAGACGCAGUUAAAUAAAGUGGUUUCUGGAGGUUUGAGGCGGGUUCAGACUUCUGGAGAUGUUUUCCAUCAUCCUGCGAGGCUGUUUCUGCCCAGAUCCAGGAUGCAGGAGUAUCUGUCUCAUCUGGGCCGGACGGUUCUGACCAGUUUCCCCGUUCAGGCCACACUGCACUUUUACAACGAUGAAGACUCCAGCUCCGAGGAGGAUGAAGCAGACACUCAUUAAGCUCCUCAGAUCCACACGUCUAUAACAUGAACUCACCAGUGAGCUGAGAGCGAAGCGUGCGGCCGUCAGGAAGCAGAAACACGUCGGUGUGUUUGAGGAAGCGCUGCGGAUCCACAGGAACGAGACAAGCAGAAAUACUGCCAUCAAACACCAGACACACCUCUGAUCUGAGGAAGAUCCUGGCAACCGCCUUAAAGGGACAGUUCACUGAAAACUGACAUGUUGAUGUUCCAAACAUGUAUGAGCUUCUUCUGAUGAACACACAAGAUAUUCUGAAGAAUGUCUGUAACCAAACAGAUGAUGGUACCCAUUGACUUCCAUAGUAUUUCUCUCAAUGGGGACCAACGGCUGUAUGGUUAUCGAUGAUCUUCAAAAUAUCUUCUUAUAUAUAAGAAACCCAUGCAAGUUUAGAACAACUUGAACGUAAGUGGAUGAUGAUGAACCGUCCCAUGUUGUUGGAAUUCAUAUUUCUGUUAAAAUCUAAACACAAAUAAAAACAGAAUUGCUCAACAUGCAUUUGCAUGCUCCAUUUAUUAAUAAUUCUAACAGCAUACAGUAUAGUUUAAACAGGCUGGGUGUCUGAUAACAACAGUGUUUGAGUAACACACAGAAACACUCCAGUAACAGACUGUGCAGAAGUCAGCUGCUGCCGUAAAUGUUCAGGUUGAA